CUAGGGGGCGUAGGGCUCGGCUAACAUGGUGGAAUGGUGUUGUUGAGACUGUUGAGGCGUUUGAGGCAUUGAAGUAGUAGGAAUAUGUGGUAUUCUAAUUGUUUCGGUUUUCAGUUGUGUGGUGACUGUUUGUGUUAAUAAUCUCAGCGAAUUUCUGUUGAAUUUGCCGGAUGGUUCUGAGCAUUUUUUGGUACACCGCAAUGGUGAAAUUAUAACGAAGUCAAAAUGAAUAUUUGCUUAAUACGACAGGAUGAGAGUGCGGAUGAAGUAAAUCUUGCCCUUGGAGAAAUUACCCUAGGGAGAGGCCCUCUUUUAGGUUGUACUGAUAAAAGGGUGUCCCAUCAACAUGCACGACUGAAGUUGUCUGAAGAGGGGGAUAUUAUUCUUGAAGCAAUCCACACUAAUCCAUUUUUCUACAUAAAAGGACAGAAGGCGCCUGUUGAAGUUAUCAAAGGUGAUUUUGUGGUCAUAAAUGAUGGAGACCAAUUUUCACUUGUGCCAGAUGGGUACCGCUUCCGUGUUGUCAUACCUUCAAAAGUUGAAAAUAAUCAGAGUGAACGUGUUGAAGAUGAUAACAGUGUAACUGAACCACAAGGCACAGGACACAGUUACAAGAGACAUUUACCUUUGUGGAUGACAAAUCUGGCAAAAGAUGGUGACAGUAAUAGUGACAUACGGACUUCAAGUCCACAAAAGAGAAGAGAUGCCAUACAUGAGAAUAUGGUUAAAAAAAAAGUAAAACUAGACCAGAUAGCCAGUGAUGCUUCAGAAGAGAAGUGUGGUUCUGGCAGUAAUGAUGACCCUGACCAUGGUGUGUCUGAAGGCAAGAAAGAACGUGAGAAUACAGAGCUUCAUGAAAUGAGUGAGGAUGAGGGAGGUGGUGAAUCUGAUGGGCAGAAAGUAAAGGCAGAGGUUGAGGAAUCCAAUGAGGACAAACCAAGUACUGCAACCCAGAAAGGUGACACAGACACCAGUGGUACACAACAGGGAGCAGCAGGUGGACAGAAGAAGAGGUGCAUGUAUGGUGCAAACUGUUACAGGAGAAGUGCACAACAUCAUGAUGAAUUCAGCCAUCCUGGAGAUCCGGAUUACAAUGAUAAAGAUCUUCCAGAAUGUCCAUAUGGUACAGGAUGCUAUCGCAAAAAUAAGCAGCACAGACUUGACUUCAAACACACUGUGAGAUUGCACAGGGCAAGAAGGCCACAGAAUAAGCAAAGGAACGAUGAUUAUGGGGAUGAUGACUAUGAUUAUGAUGACCCAUUCCUAAAUGAUGCAAGUUCAGAUGAUUACCAGCCUACCGACACUGAUUCAGACAUUUCAGAUGGAAUGAGUUCAGGCGAUGAGGAAUCUGAUUCCAAGAGAAUGAUGAAGGAAGCGAAAAAAUUUGCAAGAAAGAAAAAGUAAAAGUUCAUUUAAGCCCUGUCUGCACACCUGUUCCAUCCCGAAGAGUAUAAAUUAGUCAUACCAUGUUCAAGUUUUGUUUUUCCUUUCAGAUGUGUUUAAAUGUAAUUAAUCUACAUACCUAUAUUUGCUAAGAGAGCAUAUAUAUAUAUAUAAUUUCAGAAUUUUUCCAUGCAACUUUUGGCACAUAUUUUCUAAGAGAGUAUAUUAUUAUUAAAAAUAUUCAUAAUUUUGUUCUUUCUUUUUUAUUGUUGCUUUAAAAAUGUAAUUAGUGUACAUCUUCACAUUUCUGUAGGUAACACUUAUUUGGCAUCACCGAUGAAGUGAAAACAUCUUGUAAGAUUUGAGGCUUUCACGGCGGUGAACAUGAAGAAAGCAGUC